AUGGCACACGCAAGGCGUUGGCGCACUCUGCCAGGCUGCAUGAUUGUGUCUGUCCAAUGUCCCAUCACUGCGCAGUGCGGCCACUACCAAAGUGACACCACCACCCGAAUGCGCCGGGAGUGGAUACGUACCUCACUGAGACAUUACAGCAGCAAGAGCAGGCAGGUGGUGGUCGCACUCUUUCGCCAUCCCUCUUUCCCGUCCCGUCCCUUGUCGCCCAAUGUUACUGGUCGCAAGCGCGCACCCACGGAAGAAGCUCUUUGGUGGGAUGAAGCAGACGCCGAAAGAGCAGCAACAGCACUGCCAGCAACAGCAACAAGAGGACCGCCAGACCGACCGACCGAGCUGCGAGCGAGCGCAACUUCAUCGGAACACCUUUAUCGGCGACGUGACUCCUUUGUCAUUCCUUAUUUCCCCAUCUACAUCUCGCUUCCUCUCAUAUUCACUUCCCUCCCACCCUCACCUCGCACACCGAUAACUGCCAUCCCAUCAACCUCCCACAUCUCACCUGCGUCCCUCCGUCCCUCCCUCUGCUCUCCAGCGCAUCUCAUUGCCGAACAGAGACAACAAACAACGAACGGCCACACACAAAGCCGGCCCAACAUGGACGUCGCGCUCGACCUCCUUGACCCCUUGGUCCUGGACAAGGCCUACGCCUACUUCCUCCCCGCGCCUACCACAUCCAGCGGCGGCGCAUACAACGCGACCGGUGACGCUUUUGCCUCAUCAUCACCAACAGACCUCUCGAACUCGUACGGUUCAGCAUGGCCCCGCGACAGCAUCCUGCGCCAAAUCAUCUCUCUCCUCGCAAUCACCCAGAUUGGCGCCUGCGCCCUCUACUGGAUCUUCAGCCCGCUCUCUUACUACUACAUCUUUGACCGCCGCCUCGAGUACCACCCGCGCUUCCUCAAGAACCAGAUCCGCCAGGAGAUCAUCUCCUCCAUGAAGGCUGUCCCCGUUAUCAACAUCUUGACUUUGCCAUUCUUCCUCGCCGAGGUUCGCGGAAAGAGUCUGCUGUACACACACGUUGAAGAGUAUGGUCUCUGGUGGAUGGCAUUCUCUGCAGCUAUUUUCAUGGUCUGGAACGAUAUUGCCAUUUACUGGAUUCACCGCCUCGAGCACCACCCCUCCGUCUACAAGUACAUUCACAAGCCACACCACAAGUGGAUUGUGCCUACGCCUUGGGCCGCCCUUGCCUUCCACCCCCUCGACGGCUACGUCCAAUCUCUGCCCUACCAUGUCUUCGUCUUUGUUUGCCCCAUCCAGAAAUACCUUUACAUGGGUCUCUUCGUUCUGGUUCAAAUCUGGACAAUCCUCAUCCACGACGGCGACAUGAUCUCAGGUCACUGGCUCGAAAAGUACAUCAACAGCCCCGCCCACCACACCCUCCACCACAUGUACUUCACCGUCAACUACGGCCAGUACUUCACCUGGGCCGACAACUACUUUGACUCUCACCGCGCGCCCCAGCCCGAGCUCGAUCCCCUCCACGACGCCCUCAAGGUCAUGCGCGCAAAGGGCCUUGUCGACGAAAAGGGAAACCCGAUUCCCCAAGAGCAGAAGAAGGAUCUGUAAGGGGGAGAGUCUUGGAAAAGAGAAUGUUUGGAUUUAUGGGUUUUGGAGUUGCAUUCGGUCGCAUUCUGAAAGACCGAAGCCCCCUAUUCUGAAGAAAAGGAAGCAUGGAAGGAAGCAUGGCGACACGUUGAUGUUGAGACGAGAUUUUCUUCAUUUCACUCGAAAGGAUCGGGAGGCUCCCCCAAAGGGUGAAUGAGCCUCCAACGACUUUCCUCGUCCACUACAGGUUCCUGGUGGACUUUUCGACACAUUCCUCAUGGCGAAUGAGCAUUGCAUAACUAAAAUAAUCAUAAUUAAGCGAAUACCAAUGGCAUAUUUCACAUCUUCAACAC